AAAUUACUCAGUGGGUUCGUCCUUCCAUUAAAAUGCUGUUAUUUGAGUGUCAAUUAAAGGUGCCUAUUUAUUGGUUUGUUCCUGUUUUCAUAAUGGUAGUACUUUUCCAGUUUUAACAAGUUAAUGAUUUGUUCUGGCUGCCUUGUCAAAUAUAGGACUUAAGUAUACCUUUGUCCAUGAUAAGUGCUUAAAUAAUACUGGUGACUUUAUUCUUGUGCUGUUUCCAUUUAUGUCAUAAGUUUUAAGCAACAGAUUUCUUUGUUAAAAUUCAUUUUAGAGGUUGUAUAAAUUACUCGAUAAUUUUCUGACUAUAUAUUGUUCAUUUGAAUUGUGGUUAAUAACAAAGCUGACUCAUUUUGUGCCGACAUCUGAAAAGCAGACUACGUAAAGUGGAAUGCGAAUGCAAUAAUAAAAGAUCUUGGUAUCUCUGAACUUGAGAGAUGAUUACUUAAGUAGUUAGAAACUAGGGUGUCGCAGCAUGUAAUGAUAAAGUUACACUAGCAAAAGGUGGUAAGCAAACAGGCAGGGACCUAAUGACAUUAUGACAGUGCUGUUAAUCAUUUCCAGAGACAUUAAACUUAGAAUGUUAAAACUGAAAUAACAUUUAGAUCUUCUUAAAGGUCAGCACUUAAGAUGACAUAAAGGCACUAUGGCAGCAUGGACUCAUGCCCAUGGGUGAGUGGUGAUAUAGCAUCUCCUGGGGAGGAAACACAGAGUUAAAUCAGGUGGUAAUUGGGAAGGCUCAUAAAGGAGAUGCAGACUCUAAAUAGUCUCCAGACCUUUCUCAAGUAGGAAGAGUAAAAUGUGUAACAUUUUCCCUCUACGCAAGUAGAGGCCCCUUUUGCCGUCUUCCCCACUGAAUGUAAGCUCGCUCCAUGUGGUCACUAAUGGAUGACUGAAUUAUGGCCGACAAUGUUAUAUGGCUCUAAUGGUAACAUCCACUCACACAGUUUAAUAUCUAUUUUUUGUUUUGCUUAAGAAACUGAACGUGCAUUUAAAAGCAAUUUACAUUAAUACAGUAUUGCCUUCAGGCAAACAUCAUUCCUUCUUCUUGUGCUUUUGAACAGCCCAGCUAUUGUUUGAAGUGAGUCAUCGAAACAACUGGACUCUGGUCUUGCAGGUGUAUGAUUGUUACAAAAUGGUUUUACCCUUCCCUCUCAGCCACAUUGACGGAGUGAGUGAGAGGAGCAGCAGCAGCGCGAGGGCUGGAGCAGCAGCGCAGGGUCCGUCAGCAUCAUUCUGGUCAUGGCAGAGCCUGGUCCUGCCCCUCACAGGAUGAUCUCCCUGCACUACACUGGAAGGAGGGGGCCAGGCGUUUCCCUGCCCCAGCCAGAGGCUUCACUGUUACGCUAAUGGUGUGUUCAAAAUGGCAUCAAUUAGUCUUGAUACAGACUUUGUCAGGAUGUCUCUGGCUUUGGCCGGCUGUGCCAUCUUUCGAGCAGAGCUGUUUCUCCAGAAUCCUUCUGUAGCUCAGUUCCUGUCCUGUCCCUCAGUCUGAGGGAAUUCCUCUAUUCUCUUCUGUGCUGUUUUGUUUGAUGACGCUGAACUACAGUUGGAGAUUGUUGUUUUGCAGAUGCCUCAUUGUACACGUCUCGUGCUGCUCAGUAGAUGCCCCAGCCCAGGUUUGCAGCCGGUGGUGGAGCCACCUGAGGGGAAAGGGCCAGCCCUGGGUCUGGUCGUUUAGUGCUGUCUUUUUAUGGUGAAUAAAAAGGAGGGGUAUUUGGGGAGUGAUGAUGUCAUUUGGGGCCACGCGAGCAUCACCAAAGUGGGCGAUGAUGUGGCAGAGGAGCAGGUGAGUUGGGGAUGGGGGUCACACAGGGUUCCCCCCUAAAAGGUGGGUCAUAGCUCUGAAAUAUCUGAAAAGUCAUUGGGGGGGGGAGAUUAAAAAAUAACAAAACCCGUAAAUAUGAGCGUGAAGUGUUGAAAUAGAGAACAAUCUCUCAUCUCAUUUAUAUAGAGAUGGAAAAGUAAUAUUUAUGUAUAUAAAAGGAGUUCAGAACAAAAUCCUAUGUCUCUAUGGAUUCUGAUUCUGUGAUUCUAUAUUAUAAAAAUGAUCUUAUAAAAGUAUUAAGAAAUAUUUAUAAAAAUAUAUUAGUGUCAAAAUAGAUGUCUAAGAUAGUUUAAGUAGAUAUUCUACAUAAUAAGUGUUAAUGUCAAUGUGCAAGUCUAAGCCUCAACAGGUUUGCAGCAGGUGGUGGAGCUGCCUGAGGGGAAGGGCCCAGCCCUGAGUCUGGUUGUUUGGUGCAUUUUUUGGGGUGAAGAAAAACAAUGUGUGUGUGUGACGAUGUCAUUUGGGGCAGCCCGAUGUCACCGAGGGAGCAACAGUGCGACUGAGGAGCAGGUGAGUGGGGAUUAUGUGGGCCUCCCCCCAGAAGAAGCAGGUCAUAGCCCUCAAACGUCUGAAAAUUCGGGGUGGGGGGGGGGUUUGGGCGUUGGUGGUUUAAAAAUGUUAAAAGCUGUAAAUGCGGGGGUGAGGCAUUGGAAUAGAGAACAAUCUCUCAUUUUUCUAUAUAUUGAAAAAUAAUAUUCCUUUAUGUAUAUAAAAGAAAUUCAAAAUACCAACCUGUAUCUCUAAGGAUUCUGUAUUACAUAAAGGAGUUUAGACAAUGAAAAGAUUUUUUAAAAUUUAAAGAGAUACUGAAGUGUCAAAACAGAUGUCUAAACAGCUUGCUAGUCUAAUUAGAUGUUCUCUAUCAUAUGUGUUAAUAUAGAAGUCUAAAUAGAUCUGUUAACUGAUGUUCUAUUUAAGUGCCAAAAGAAUGUAUUUUCCCUAAAUCUGUAUAAGUAAAUGGACACAGAGGUGUAAAUGCCUGUGCUAUAGAUAGCUCUAAACUGCAAAGAAAGCCUAUCACUAGAAGGGCUUUAAAAACUGGCCCUCCCCUCUAAUCUCUCCUGAAGGUGUAAAAGCGCUUUCAGAAGCUACGUCUUCCCCCGUUUCCCCUCCCGCUCCGGGGAGCUGGAUUCUGUGUAGCGGGAAAGGAGGAAAAAAACCCACCCUCAUUUUCCUGCAGGGAAGCAGAAAUCCCCGAUGUUUCUGUGGUGGUGAAGGCGGCACCGCCACCUCCCUUCCUGGUCCCCGGCGGACUCGCUGCUGUCGCCCCCACGGCCCCGGGGCCACACACAGAGCGCUGCACCGUCCCUGGGGCUGGUUGCGGGGUCAAAACCGCAGGGUUUUGGUGCCAAGGCGAGGGCUGCGGCUGCCUGGGCUGCGAGCAGGAAGCCCUGCCACCGGUAAGCGGUUGCGGUCCCUGGGUGGAGAGAAGCGGGCUGAGAGCAGUCACCACUGCUCACCCCAGUGAGGUCUCAGAGGGGGGACAUGGAAGGGGGGGCCAGGCACCCGGCAGCCAAAGGCCGGAGCUGCACGUGGGCAGUGACCCGACCCCUCCUCCGAACCACCUUUGGCUGCGUCUCCUGAGAACUUGGCUCUGCCCCCUGCCCGUCUAGGCCACGCCCCGGGCCCGACCUGGCCGCGCCUUCCAGGGAACGGUUGUGCCAGGCCUGAAGGAGAAGCGGCCACCCCUCCAACCCCCCCCCCGGAGCUCCAGUGGCCUCCCCGCCAUCCGGAACGGGUUCUGUAGUGCCCAGCCCUGGGAGCGGCCGUUAGCGCGGAGAUACCGGUUCAUACCGCGCUCCGGGGCAGCCGGAAGUACUGGUCGGUCCUCCGAGGGGCAAUCUCUAUGGCCUUUCCCCUUCAGGCACCGGAAGUUCCCCCUCAGUCCUCCGGCGUACGUCUCUAUGGUGCCGCGGUCCUCCAGGGACCGGAAGUUCCGCCUCAGGGACCGGAAGUUCCCCCUCAGUCCUCCGGCGUACGUCUCUAUGGUGCCGCGGUCCUCCAGGGACCGGAAGUUCCGCCUCAGGGACCGGAAGUUCCCCCUCAGUCCUCCGGCGUACAUCUCUAUGGUGCCGCGGUCCUCCAGGGACCGGAAGUUCCGCCUCAGGGACCGGAAGUUCCCCCUCAGUCCUCCGGCGUACGUCUCUAUGGUGCCGCGGUCCUCCAGGGACCGGAAGUUCCGCCUCAGGGACCGGAAGUUCCCCCUCAGUCCUCCGGCGUACAUCUCUAUGGUGCCGCGGUCCUCCAGGGACCGGAAGUUCCGCCUCAGGGACCGGAAGUUCCCCCUCAGUCCUCCGGCGUACGUCUCUAUGGUGCCGCGGUCCUCCAGGGACCGGAAGUUCCGCCUCAGGGACCGGAAGUUCCCCCUCAGUCCUCCGGCGUACGUCUCUAUGGUGCCGCGGUCCUCCAGAGACCGGAAGUUCCGCCUCAGGGACCGGAAGUUCCCCCUCAGUCCUCCGGCGUGCGUCUCUAUGAUGCCGCGGUCCUCCAGGGACCGGAAGUUCCGCCUCAGGGACCGGAAGUUCCCCCUCAGUCCUCCGGCGUACGUCUCUAUGGUGCCGCGGUCCUCCAGAGACCGGAAGUUCCGCCUCAGGGACCGGAAGUUUCCCCUCAGUCCUCCGGCGUACGUCUCUAUGGUGUCACGGUCCUCCAGGAUACUGAAAAGUUUCUGUCAUUUCUCCUGAAAUCUAUGUCUGUUGCAUUUGGGGCCACCAGAACAGCGAAUGUGCCUCUCAGUCCUCUGAAAAGAAAUCUUUAUGGCCCUGCGUUGGGCAGGGCCUGCAGUAUAUAAGCCAGAGCCCCUGCUCAGUGAGCCUGUUCCAUUCCAGGGCUUCUCUGGGGUGAGAUCUCUGCUGAGCCCUCAGUGAACUGCAGCUUUGGGGCUGGCUCAGCUGUAGAGGCACAGGUGUUUGGGCCUUUAGAGAAGCAGAGGUGAGAAGCCUGAAGUAAGAUAUUCAGGACUAGGUAAAGAUUGGUAAUAUAUAUAGGAGAAACCAGACUUUCAGG